AUGUCGGCUCCAGAAAAGAAGCAGGAAGCCGACUUCACCUCUGAAGUCGAUAGCCUGAUCCCGGAAGCACAAUCGCUCGCUUCGUCAUCGCAACUGGCCGCUGCACUGGAAAAAGUGUUUGCGCUCGAGAAGAAGUCUCGAAAUGCGGCGGAUCUGAACUCGACUACGCGUCUUCUGCUGCUCGCUAUCCUGCUGGUACGAAACACUCCGUCGGUGACGCAGACCAACUGGGAUCUACUCAGCGACACGGUGACGAGUCUGAGCAAGAAGCAUGGACAGCUCAAAAUGGCCACGACGAGAAUGGUGCAGCUGGUCAUGUGCUUUUUGUACGCGGCGGUUGACCCGGAAGAAGAGCGACGUAGGGAGCAAGAGGCAAAGGAUGAAGAGAUGAAGGAUCUCGCUGCUGAAAAGGCAGAGAAGGAAAAAGCCAAGGCUGUCAAGAAGGAGAAGGACGAAGGCAAGAAGGAGUCCAAAGAGGCACAGGAUGCUCGCAAACGUCAGGAGGAUCAAGAGCAACGAGAACGCGAAAAGGUGGGCAAGCAGAACGCCAAGGUUCUCGAACUCAUGGAUGCAGGCAAACGAAUCGGCGAUGCAGGCGUCGACGACAAGAUCCGUCGAAAGCUCGUGCAGCUGCUGCGCACGGUUACCGAGGGCAAGAUCUUUGUCGAGGUCGAACGCGCGCGUGUGACGCUGUUGCUCUCCAAGAUGCUCGACGCCGAGGGCAAAGUGCACGAAGCCGCCGAUGCGCUCCAAGACCUCGCAGUCGAAACGUUCGGCAGCAUGGACCGUCGCGAAAAAGUCGAAUUCAUCCUCGAACAGAUGCGGCUUAACUAUGAACGCAAUGACCUCGCCAAGAUGGCGAUCGUAAGCAAGAAGAUCAACACCAAGUUUUUCGAGUCGGCGAAACACGCGGAUUUGAAGCUGAGGUAUUACGAUCUGAUGAUUCAGUACGCGUUGCGCGAGGACAAGUUUUUGGAUAUCUGCAAGUACUACCGCGAGAUCUACGAUACCAAAGAGGUCAAGGAGGAUGCGGAGAGGAGAAAGCAAGUGAUGCGCAAUGUGGUGGUGUUCUUGGCUUUGGCCAAGUACGAUAACGAGCAGAGCGAUUUGAUGGCACGCGUCGAAGCGGAUGGCGGGUUGGAGGAGACGCCGGAGCACCGCAAUCUGUUGAAGUGUUUCACCACGCCGGAGCUGAUGCGCUGGCCGGGGAUCGAGGAGCUCUACGGCCCGCUAUUGAAGAGGUCCGCGGUAUUUUCUGCUGCCUCCACCGCUGCUACUGCUUCCGCGUCCACCAGCCCUGUCCGCGACGGUGCGCAUCGCUGGGAACAACUGCACAAACGCGUUGUCGAACACAACAUCCGUGUCAUCUCAUCCUACUACACGCGCAUUACGCUUGUACGUCUCUCGCAACUGCUCGACCUUUCACCGGACCAAUCCGAGUCUUCUCUCGCCGACCUCGUCUCGACGCGAACCAUCUUUGCCAAGAUGGACCGUCCCGCUGGUCUCGUCACUUUCCAGAAGACCAAGUCCAACGCCGACGUCCUCAACCACUGGUCUGCAGAUAUGAACAAGCUCAUGAACACCGUAGAAAAGGUCACCCACCUCGUAGAGAAGGAAUGGGCCAUUCACAGAGCCGGUAUCAGAGGCGCAUAG